CCCGACUCUCGGACGAUGAACUAGUUGACGUGGCUACUCAUACAGCUUGGGCCAGUAUGCAGUUCGGCGAGCAUUUUGUGCCUUUCCACUACGCGACGAAGAGUGCGAGACUAAAGAGCGAGAGCCUCACCUGGCUUCUGACUAUCGGGGAACAGGUGGAUUUUGCGUGGGCGCAUUUGGCAAUAUGUUCUGUCUUGAUUUUCCUGCUGCAAGGACUCGCGAUUCGACGAGCUUCCAGAUUGCGUCCGGAAACGGAGUUUUUUCGAUCCUUGACAACGAAAAGAAGCGAUGUUGAUGUUGAUAGGAAUGAUACAGGGGACACAGCAGAUCAUGACUUUAUCCCAGGACCAGGGGGCAGAGAGGCCGCAUUUGAUAUUUCAUCUAUAAGAACAAGAUCAUCUGGCCAUCGCAGCAGAAGUCAGGACAGAAAGAUAGCUCAAGAAAGAAAGUCGAGGGUUUCUCCGUCUUGUCUACGUACCGCAGCAGCGUCUGAUGCGAGACGAAAACUCGAUCGGGAACGAGAUGUAAGCAGGAAAUUCACAGAGAAUGUGGGCGGCCAUGAAGAUGAACGCUUCGCUGGGGAAGGCGACAACAUCCAGAGAUUUGAUCCUGGGUACUCACCUACACCUUCGUCUGAUGAAGACACGGAUGAUACCUUAACCUUGAAAAAAGAACCCCCUGAUGAUAGUCUUCGCUGUAUGGAGCUUUGUCCCUCGUUUGGAUCACGGCGGAAUAAACGAUCAUCCUUGCGGAAACAGGCUACAAGGGUAAGCGCGG